GCACGAGGAAGAAAGACGAACGUUUCUCUAUUGGAAAAGUAUUGAUUGGCUAACAUGUGAUGUGAUUUGUAGACUAUCUUCAACAAGUUUGAAAUAAACUGUUGGUACUCGUUAACAUUACGAAUUACAACGCAACUGUAUUCGUUAAUUGUCUGGAAUUUACAUUAAUUAUUGUGGAUUGUCUCAUCUCGUCUUUCUACGAUAAAAUUUUGAUAUUUGCGAAGGAUGAUUCGAAUACUUCAGAGGCAAAUCUUUCGAAACGCACGAAGUGCCAGGAGAUUGAAUACAUGGUCGCCUCUUGCCACAGCGUUCAAUUCCAUUGUCAAAGAUGAGAGUAAUUCGGCAAGUGUAUUAAAGAAAGAAGCGGGACUGUUUGACAUAUCAGAGUUAAAAACUGAGGAAGGCUUUGAUAUAUUGAAAAAUCGCACGCUGGCCGAGGUCGACGUUCUCAUCGAGGAAGCGACGAGCAAGAAUAGAAAGAGAAAAAUGGUAGAGAUAUUUGACGAAUUGUCUAACACGCUAUGUAAAGUAGCAGAUAUGGCAGAGUUUAUUAGGGUCGCUCAUCCCGAUCAACGAUACGUUCGAGCUGCCGAAGAUGCUUGUAUAACUAUUAGUGGUGUGGUCGAGAAAUUAAACACACAUCGUGAAUUAUACGAUUCGCUGAAACAAGUAACAAAUAACGGUGAUACUCAAGCAACAUCAGAUAUUGAUGAUCAUGUAGCUAAGUUAUUCCUAUUCGAUUUUGAACAAUGUGGUAUACACUUGCCGGAAAGACAGAGAAGAAGAGUGGUUGAGCUAAACGAUUAUAUUCUGCAAGUAGGUCAAAAGUUUAUGGCUGGCGCUGUUGCCCCGAGAACAGUUAACGCCGAUGUGUUACCUGACGUCAUCAGGCAAUAUUUUGUAACAGAGAACGGUCAAAUAUUAGUGCAAGGAUUUUACACAGACUCUUCUAACACUGCCGUUCGCGAAGCGGCGUACAAAUUGUUUUUAUUCCCGGAUAAGGAGCAAGAAUAUUUGUUGCACGAACUCUUGCACUCCAGGCAUCUGCUAGCGGAAUCAUGCGGAUUCGCGUCAUAUGCGCAUAGAGCUGUAAAAGGAAGUACAGUCAAAUCGCCGGAAGUAGUAAAGGAAUUUCUCAAUAUAUUGAACGAUAAUUUGCAGCCUAAAGCAACACAAGAUUUUCAAGAAAUGCAAAAGAUGAAAAAUACUGAGUCGCGUAUAAAACAAGAAUUGAUGCCAUGGGAUACUCCUUACUUCAUGGCAAAGGCGAAAAAAGCUUGGUUAAAUACUUCUACUACCGAGUUUGCUCCAUACUUCUCUCUUGGUGCUUGUAUGGAAGGUUUAAAUUUCCUUACACAGUCAUUGUACAGAAUUAAGCUCGAAACCGUCCCAGUAUUAUCUGGAGAAGUAUGGGCUAAUAAUGUUCAUAAAUUAGCUGUAAUAGAUGAAGAGGAAGGAAUCUUGGGUUAUAUCUACUGUGAUUUCUACGAAAGAGCAGGGAAACCUAAUCAAGACUGCCACUUUACAAUCCAAGGUGGUAAACAACUUUCAGAUGGCUCUUAUCAGAUUCCUAUCGUUGUACUCAUGCUAUCCUUACCGCAGCCACGUUGGUCAAAUCCAUGUUUAUUGAGUCCGUCAUCCGUGGACAAUUUAUUUCACGAAAUGGGACACGCGUUACAUUCUAUGCUCGGUCGAACGAAAUAUCAGCAUGUUACUGGUACUAGAUGUAGUACAGACUUUGCGGAAGUGCCUAGUGUGUUAAUGGAAUAUUUUGCGAGUGAUCCUAGGGUUGUAUCGAAGUUUGCAAAGCAUUUUCAAACUCAAGAACCAAUGCCGGAAAAUUUAUUGCACAAACUGUGUGCUUCGAAGAAUAUCUUUUAUGCCUCCGAAUUACAGAAUCAAGUAUUCUACAGCAUGUUGGAUCAAGUGUAUCAUAGUGCAAAACUAACGAAAUCUACUACCGAGAUUUUAGAAGAUGUACAAAAGGAAUAUUAUGGUCUUCCAUACGUGAAAAAUACGGCAUGGCAAUUGAGAUUUUCCCAUUUGGUCGGAUAUGGUGCAAAAUAUUAUUCUUAUUUAAUAUCUCGUGCAAUCGCCGCGUGGAUUUGGCAAACCUACUUUCACAAUGAUCCUUUUUGUCAAUCAUCGGGUAAUCGUUAUCGAAGAGAAUGUUUGGCGCACGGAGGUGGUAAACCGGCAUCGCUGUUAGUAUCGGAUUUCUUAAACAAGGAAGCCAACGCCGUCACCUUUGCAAAAUCGUUAAUGAAUGAGGUUGAUAUGAAAAAUCUACAUGUGCAAACGAUAAAAUAGUCUAACGAUGUAAAUUUUCUUUGUACAGAUGUGCAACAAUGUAUGAUGUUUCAUACAAGAAUUACAACCUUGUAACCAAUUUCUUGGUUACAUCUCAUCUAAAAUAUAUAAAAUACAUUCUUAAAAAAAAAAAGAAAUUAUAGAAAUGUUGCUUAUUUCCUAAAAGUUACAUAUAUAGAGAAAUAGAGAAUAUUUUACUUUUAAUGGCAAUUUACAAUUUACACUAAUGAAACUCAUUCUUUUCUCAUCGCAAAAUAAUCGUAACUUUUUAAUUUUCAAUAUUUAACUAGUGAUUGGUUAUUUUCAAUUGAACUUCUUGCACAGUUCAUCUUUUUCUAUUGGAUAAAAAAUGCAAGAAGUUUACUUAAAAAGUUUUGCGCAAUUUUGUAAACUUGAAAAAAUAUAUAAAAUCACACAAUAAAUAACUAACAUGAUUUAUAAUGCUUUUUGUUUAAUAUUUAUUAUUAAAAAGAAUAGACCUUAAAUUUUCAAUUAAAAUUGAAUAUCAAUGUAAAUUCUUGAUGAAAAUUUGAUGAAAAAGUAUGUGAUUUCAGUAUGAUAUAUUUUCAUCUUUGACAAUUUAGCCAAAAUAUUAUUCUUUCAUUAGAAAAAUUUUUUCAAAAUGUUAAAUUAAUAAAUGAAUCUGUUAAUGUGAAAAGUAAGACAGUAGAAAUGGAACACUGUACAUAAAUCCCUUUUACAUUUCAUGAUGAUAUUACUGUUAUUACAAAGUGGCGUUGUUUCUUCUUGAUUGUAUUUUUUAUUAUAAGUACAGAACCCCUUACUCUCUAUGUACAAUUUCGAUAGAUUUAUCAAUUAUUACAAAAAAAUAAGUUUUGUAGUGUUAUACAUAUAAUUGGAAACGCAGUAUAAGAUAAUUUAUGUGAGAA